ACCGUUUGCAUUUUGUGUAUUGUGGCGUGCUUUGGGUUUCCUUUUUUUAGUUUGGAUAAUAUUGUUUUUUCUCUAAACAAAUUGCGCAGAUACUGUCACAAAUUGUAGUUCAAUAAAGUGAUAAAAUGGAGGAGAUUAAAACUAGUUUGGAUAAAAUAUUGGCCAAAUUCAACGAUUCUGUGACACAUUCUGCCCCCAAAAAAUUAAGUUUCGAGCAUCUGAGUGAUUCCUUCAAUGACUCUGGCACAAUUCCGAAGAAGAGACGCUUUUCACAAAGUUUCGAAGACAAUUCUUUAAAUAUUAGCCACAAUAAUAGCAAUUCCUCUUUGAAUGCAAUUGGGGUGCCACCUAGUCCAUGGGAAACAAGACGUAUGAAAGCAGAUUUAAUAGAGGCCAAAACUAGGGUUUCCAAGUUUAAGCAGGAGGUGGAUCGUCUUCAUAAGCUACGACAGGAAUCUGAGACCCUCUAUGAAAGCCGGGUCACAGAGCUAAAAAAGCAAUGUGACUUUUCCUCAAACAAAAUUCAAGAUUUGGAAAAACAUAUGCAGCUCUUAAGAAAACGAGAGCAUGCCGCCAAGCAGGAAGCCUUGAAGGCACAAAAUGAAUUGCAACAGCAAAAACACGGUUAUGAAGAUAUGAUUUUAAAGCUACAACGUGCCAAACAUGAUAUUGAGGAAAAUGCCCGUUUGAUACAAAAUAGUAUGGCCAACGAAUUGAGCGAAUACAAAAGGCAUGCAGAGAAAAUAGAGUUGGAAUUAGAACUAAGCUGCGACGAACUGGAAUCCUUAAGGCAUCAAUUGGAUGAUUUUCGUGCUCGAGCUUCUGGAUUUGAAGACUUAAAACUGCAGCAUGAAAAACUCAAUCACGAUUAUGAGAAUUCCAAUCAACGCAUUAAAGAAUUAGAGUUCGAAAUUGCUUCCUAUGCCGAUUGGAAAGAAAUAACAAAGAAUUCGCAGGAUCGUUUGCUGAGCAUACCUAAUAUGGAUAAAGAAUUGGAACGUCUACGCUCCAAUAACAAACACUUGCAAGAAUUGUUGGGUAAUAAAUUGCUAUUGGAAGAACAGGUCUUUGAUUUACGCUCACGCUUGGAAAAAGAGGAAGGUGGACGUUCUGAGGCUGUUACACUGCAAGUUCAAUUGAAACAUGCGCAAGAAGAAAUCAAGGAAUGGACUAAGGUGGCCCAAGAUCAUUGUUCCCCCAAUACGCUUGUCAGUCCCUUGGCUUUGAGGGCUCGCAUUGAGGAACUUUUGAAAAACGAUGUUCUCAUGGCAAGUGAAAAGGGCACCAAGGCUUCCGAGUCAAAAUGUUUGGAAUCAGAAUUAUUGGACUAUAAGCAGAAAUGUGAAAUCUAUAGCAAAAACUUGGAAGAGUUAAAUGUAGCCCUCAAACGUCACAAAGCAUUUAAGGAUCGGGUACAAAAAAAACUAUUGCUGGUGUCGAAAGAACGCGAUUGCUACAAGCAAUUGCUGGAGAAUUUUGAAAAAGAUCUCACCAUAUCUAAUCCCAUUGCCAGCGAUUUGUCUUCCACCGAAACUCAGCUUAAAACACGCUUAGAAAUGUUGGAGAAAACAUUAGCAGGCUAUAAAGAAAUGUGUGCUAGUUAUGAAAAGGAAUUAAAUUCCACAAGGCCACAGGCAAAUGUCGAACAACACAUGAACGAUCAAAGUGGUGUUAACAUGAGUGUGGAUACCAAUGCCACAGGUUAUGAACAUUUCAAAAAGGAAUUGGACACAUUACGCAUGGAGAACGAACGUUUGCGUAGACGUAAAGAGGAACUGGAAUUGGAGUUGGAACAUCGUUGCCUAAAAGGCGAUUUUAAUAUCGACAAAUACAAAGUGGUACAUUUGAAAAUGAAUCCUGCCAAUGAGGCAUAUGAAAAUGCAGAGAAUCUAAUUGAGAAAUUGCAAGCAGAGAUUGAACGUCUAAAGCGCAAAAACAAAAAACUCGAAGAAGACAAUGAGGUUACCAUGGCUCGUCUUAACGAGACCACCAGCAUGACUAUGAAUUUCAAAGAAAUUAAUCAGCUACGCACCGAGCUGGAAUCAAUGAAUUCCAAAAUGAAGAAAAUGAAAGAAUGCUACAAAUCAGCCAGCAUGGAAUUUCGCGAAGUUGUCUACAUGCUCUUUGGCUACAGAAUCGAUAGGGUGGGAUCCAAUACUAAUUACAAACUUUCCAGCAUGUAUGCUGAAGAUGCAGAUCAUUACUUGAAUUUCCGCCUAAACGAAUCCAAUAUGCUGGACAUGUUAGAGACACCAUAUUCAGUGACCCUUAAGCCGCUCAUCGAAAGCCAGCUGGUGGGCAAUAAAUCGCUGCCGGCAUUUUUAAGUGCUUUAACUUUGGAAUUAUUUCAACGAACUACGAUAACAAUGUCUUAAUCUUCACAACAACAAGAACAACAACACACACAAGUGCUGUAUGUUCAUAUAGUACAUUGGUGUGCCAGUAAGGAAGCAGUAACAUAUGGUGCAGUUCUUACUUAAAGAAAAUUGUUUAAGUCUCUUUUUCUUCUGGGGUAAUUUCAUGAGGAAAUCCAAAACAUCAGCAUAACUAAGCUUCACAUUCAUAAUCUUUAUAAUACAAUACACUCAUAUUUCCUCAUACAUACUAUUUUAGUAGUUUUUUUGUAUAUUAUGUAGAUUAAGCUAUAGUUUCUUACAUUCAUACUUAUCAAUAUUUAAGGUAUUAUUAAAUAUUUCAAAAUAAAUACAAAAGGCAACCAGCUCCUAAUCCAACCUAAUUACAGAGAGCAGACAAUGGCAAAAAAAAUCUAAAAUCUCUAUGGUUGCCUCAAAUUGCCACUUACCCUUUACGAAA